UACAAGUAAGCUACAGAAUCAAUGGAAGAUCUCCCACCUGGUUUUCGCUUCUUCCCUACAGAAGAAGAGCUAGUUGGCUUCUACUUAAACAACAAGCUACAAGCCCAAAGAAACGCCAUAGACAGAGUUAUCCCAGUUAUUGACAUCAAUGGUGUAGAGCCGUGGAACCUUCCAACACUAGCUGGGGAACUGUGUCGUGGGGACACAGAGCAAUGGUUUUUCUUUUCACCCGCUCAAGAGAGGGAAGCCAAGGGAGGCAGACCCAACAGAACCACAGCUUGUGGGUAUUGGAAGGCCACAGGUUCUCCUGGCUAUGUUUACUCUUCUGACAACAAAGUAAUUGGGUUGAAGAAAACCAUGGUAUUCUACAAAGGGAAAGCUCCUACCGGAAGAAAAACCAAAUGGAAGAUGAAUGAAUACAGAGCCAUCCAAGUUUCUAACCAAUCCACCACUGCCACCCCUCAGUUGAGGCGGGAAUUCAGCUUGUGUCGGGUUUAUGUCAUAUCUGGAAGCUUUCGAGCAUUUGAUCGACGCCCAUUAGAGAAGGAAAUUAGAGUAGAGUCGCGGGUUCAAGAUAUUGCACGUGCUCAGCAGCCUGCAAGGGUGGAUGGAACAAGUUCAUCUGAAAAUUCACACUUAGGAGGACCCCACCAUAGUGCUUAUCCUCAAGAAGCUGGAGGGUCAAGUAGCACAAAAUCAAAUUUACAUAAUAACGAGGUCCAACUCCAAGAACCGUCAUGGGAAUGGGAAUGGGAACAAGUCAAAUGGCUCUAACUCAAAGCCAUGCUUAGAUCUCAACCAAGACCCCUCAAGCAAUUAAUGACUCAUAUAUCAACCAAUAUGUAACAUAAUCGUCAUACUUGUUUAGAAUAGGAUUGAUUUACCAUAGCAAAAUAAAGUAAUUGUAAAAGAUCAUAGGAAGAAGGUAGCUUUUUCUCCUUUGAUUUUUUUUUUUUUUUUUCAUUUAAACCCCAAUUAGUUUGCUAAUUGCUUGUAUG